UCAGGCGUGUUAACCAGCCAUCUACUGUCAGUGUGUGACCACAGCCUCACCGCGACCUGCUGACACUGGGGUUCCCGUCUCAGUAUGCCUCACAAGAGCAAAAAAGAGAAGGAAUCAUCCAAAUCCGGAAGAUCUAAAAAAUCUGGAGGUAAAAAUGGACCUCCAGAUGACCAAGAAGGCUCCAAUAAGAAAGUGCCACCCGCAACUCAGCUGAUGAGGGUAAAACAGCCAGGGUCGCACUCGGCCAUGAAGAGGGAGAAGAGGCUCAGCACUUCCUCUUUCCCUCUCAGUGCUAACAGAGAACUACAGAAACUACCUGCACUAGCAGAUGUGGCCCCCGCGGAGCAGGAGAAGCUCUUCAUCCAGAAGCUGCGACAGUGCUGUGUUCUUUUCGACUUCCUGUCUGACCCGCUGAGUGACCUGAAAUGGAAGGAAGUGAAGCGGGCGGCGCUGAGCGAGAUGGUGGAGUACAUCACUCACAACAGGAAUGUCAUCACAGAGCCCAUCUACCCGGAGGUGGUGCACAUGUUUGCAGUGAAUAUGUUCCGAACGCUGCCUCCAUCGUCCAACCCUACUGGAGCGGAGUUUGAUCCGGAGGAAGAUGAGCCAACACUUGAGGCGGCGUGGCCACACCUCCAGCUCGUCUAUGAGUUUUUCCUUAGGUUUUUAGAAUCUCCCGACUUUCAGCCUAACAUAGCGAAGAAAUACAUCGACCAGAAAUUUGUUAUGCAGCUCCUAGAACUAUUUGACAGCGAGGAUCCCAGAGAGAGAGACUUCCUCAAAACAACCCUGCACAGGAUCUAUGGAAAGUUCCUGGGCCUGAGAGCGUACAUCAGAAAGCAGAUCAAUAACAUUUUCUAUAGGUUUAUCUAUGAGACAGAGCACCAUAAUGGUAUAGCUGAACUACUGGAAAUACUUGGAAGCAUAAUCAAUGGAUUUGCCUUACCACUAAAAGAAGAGCACAAAAUUUUCCUGUUGAAGGUUUUAUUGCCUCUGCACAAAGUCAAAUCACUCAGUGUCUACCAUCCACAGCUGGCUUACUGCGUGGUGCAGUUUUUGGAAAAGGACAGCACUCUAACUGAGCCGGUGGUAAUGGCUCUACUAAAGUACUGGCCAAAGACUCACAGCCCCAAGGAAGUAAUGUUCCUCAACGAGCUGGAGGAGAUCCUGGACGUGAUUGAGCCCUCUGAGUUUGUUAAGGUGCAGGAGCCUUUGUUCAGACAGCUGGCCAAGUGUGUGUCUAGCCCGCACUUUCAGGUGGCAGAGAGAGCUCUGUACUACUGGAACAACGAGUACAUCAUGAGUCUGAUCAGCGACAACGCAGCAAAGAUUCUGCCGAUUAUGUUCCCUGCUCUGUACCGCAACUCAAAGACCCACUGGAACAAGACCAUUCAUGGCCUCAUCUACAACGCUCUGAAGCUUUUCAUGGAGAUGAAUCAGAAGCUCUUUGAUGAUUGCACACAGCAGUUCAGGGCUGAGAAAAACAAAGAGAAGGCGAAGUCAAAAGAACGCGAAGAGGCUUGGAUCAAGAUCGAGAACCUCGCCAAGUCAAAUCCACAGUUCUCUAUGUAUGUUGAUUCCUCUGACCUCAAUAGUCCUGUAGCAAUGGAGACGGAUGUUCCUUUGAUAGAAGAUGUUCAGAGGUUAAAAAAGACAGUUGAGGAGGGCGCGACUCAGUUGCAGCAUGACCAGCGGAAAGAGCGGCCCAUGGUGCGACGUAAAUCUGAGUUGCCUCAGGAUAUCUACACCACAAAAGCCUUGGAGUCCCACCGCAGAGCUGAAGACAUGUUGACCACCCACGACGGACUCUAGGUCCCGCCACCUAACGGCUCUUGGCUCAACCACCCCUUCUACCCUUGACAGCCAUGGACAUCCUUUUGGCCCAGGCGCCGGAAUUACACUGGUCACCCAUGCUGGGCUCUCAUCCUUCUUAUUACCUUCAGUUUACCCAGAAUCCUUAGUUCUCCUUCAUUCCUGCUGCCCCAGUGCAGAAACUCUGUAUCCACCUCCCUCAGAUUUCUGCUUUCUCAGGUUUUUUUUUUCUUUAUUUGAAGAGGACCGGGAGUGUGUUUGUGUGUCUUUUAGCCCUCACCAAAUUCAGUAUGUUCUCCCGUUGUUUUCCCUUCGGUUCCUCUCACCCGGUUCCUUCAUUCCUUCUUGCAACGUGUUCACAAAGAAUUGGACAUGGUUACAUAGGAACUGACUGACUCACUGUCUAAGGAUCGUCUCUUGGUCUCUGCUUGGUUUUCUUUUCUGUCAAAGGGAACAAAAACAGAACCUGUUGGUCAAAUGAAAGACAAGACUUUCCUGUCCUCUGUUGUAUGUUUUCUUUAUUUUUUGCUCAAUCUAACGGACAUCUUAUCAGUGCCAAGACUGUUGUGUUUGUUUGUUUGUUUUGUUUCAUGUUUUUAUCUGUGACUUUAACAGGGACACCUGCCUUUGUUUCUGGUCACUGGUGUUUGAAAGAUUUUUGUUUUAGUUUAGCACACUUAAGACCAAACUGAGGCCUGUCCUUAGCCUUGCAAUGUCCAGGAAAGAUGGCAAGGAAAGGGGAAGUUGUCCUGUGGACAUCUGACACUUUCCAUUUUAUUGUUUUGUGCCAUAUGCCGCUCUUUUAUAUGCUUGCUUCCUUAUGUUCACAGGCAAUAUUUGAAAACCAGACCAUAGUGAUGCCUAGAUAGUUCAAACAAUGGUACUUACUGUGUUUGAGUUUCAUAGGUGAGGAUGAACCUGAAUGAAAGCUGUAUGCAUUACUGGGGUUUAUAACUUACACAUAAUGACUACAUGCUGAGUAGAAAAAUUGAGAGCACGGCUGUGCGAUGUUCAGGGUGAAUGUUGGGUUACAUAUAUAUAUAUAUAAAUACUGUAAAAUGAACAGGAAUGAUUAUCUUUGUAAAGGAAAUAUAAUCAGAUGAUUUUUUUACUGUGUUGGAAUGGGUAAGGAGGCACAGAUCUGUACUGUCACACAUUUGUGUCUUAACACCUAGAAAAUCCACUCACUGAUGGUUUUUGCAGCCAAUACUAAGUUGAUACCUCUGCUCACUAUGUUUCUUUUUAAAGAGCAAGAAGGUGUGCUGGUAUUGUCUGCUAUAAAGUUUUUAAAAUCCUCAUUAUUAAUUAAAAAGAGUUAAUUUAUUAACAGACAUAUGUGCUGGUAACUUCAGUAGCUAUUAACAUACUGACAUCAAAUGAUUAAUACAGAAAUUACUUGAUGAGAGCUACC